AUGGCUUCCGAAAAUGUCAAUCUCACCAGUGAUAUUGAAUUCAUAGAGACCCCAAAGGCCGCCCCCUCCAAGUUUGGAACAACGGAGGGCUGCGGGAUUCCCAUAACAGACUCACCUGCCAUCCACAAUGCCCCGCUGCCCGCAGAAGGUGCUGGCAACGACAGCUUUUCCAAUUCCUUGUUGCUCGGUGCCCUGGUGGGCGUCCCAAUUCUCCUUGCAUAUGGAAUUGGCGGUGGGUUCAAGACCACUGUCUUCUUCGGCAUCAUUACCGCAGUGCCAGUCCUGAUUACUUUCUGGGCAUGGAAAUCGAAUUCGAGUCCCCGCAUGAAUGAGAAGGCCAAAUUGCCCGGUCGGCCCGUGGAACAUUAUGUGACAUUCAAGAACGAGGCGGACCGCGCCAAAUGGCAUGGAAAGAACCGGAUCCCGAUGCAGACCUUCUGCGAAAUGUACCUCGACGGCACAGUGGAUUUCAACGGCGAUUGUCUCGACGUGAUGGAAUACCGACACGAUUGGGCACACUUCGGCUUCACCUGGGAUCUCUUCAAGUUCAUCUUCUUGACCUUCGCAAGAGACGUCCUGUUCCACACCAAGGACCAGGAUGAGGAGCAAAUCCGCCCCAACUACGACCGUGGCAACGAUCACUAUGCCUGGUUCCUCGGUCCCCGCAUGGUCUACACCUCUGGUAUCAUCUCCGACACGGAGCGCGAAGAAACCCUCGAAGAAAUGCAGGACAACAAGAUGGCUAUUGUUUGCGAGAAGCUUGCCCUCAAGGAAGGCGAGACCAUGCUGGAUAUCGGCUGUGGAUGGGGAACUUUGGCCAAAUUCGCCAGUCUCAACUACGGAGCGAACGUGACUGGUCUCACUAUCGCGAAGCACCAGACUGCAUGGGGAAAUGACGCACUCCGAAACGCCGGUGUCCCUGAGUCCCAGAGUCGUAUCCUGUGUAUGGAUUACCGCGAUAUCCCUCGCACAAAGUACAAUAAGAUCUCGCAGAUUGAAAUGGGCGAGCACGUUGGUAUUAAGAAAUUGACCGGCUUCUUCCGUCAAUGCUAUGACAUGUUGGAGGAUGACGGUGCUAUGUACGUGCAGCUUUCUGGUCUCAGACAAGCAUGGCAAUACGAGGACUUCAUCUGGGGUCUUUACCUGAACAAGUACAUUUUCCGUGGUGCGGAUGCGUCCACUCCCCUGUGGAACUACGUGAGAUCCCUGGAACGGGCUGGAUUUGAGAUCAAGGGCGUCGAUACCGUUGGUGUUCAUUAUUCUGGCACUCUCUGGAGAUGGUACCGAAACUGGCUUGGCAACCUUGAUGCUAUCAAGGCUAAGUAUGGCCAGAGGUGGUUCAGAAUUUGGGAGUUGUUCCUUGCUUGGUCCGUCAUCGCUUCCCGCCAAGGUAGUGCAACAUGUUUCCAGAUUCUUGUUGUCAAGAACUUGAACUCGACACACCGUGUCAAUGGAAUUGCGUCUCAGUUUGGAUUGUCUGCCGCUCUUGAGUGGAGCAGGAAGGCAGGAAAGUCCAAGCUGCCAACAGUUUAA